CUAUAUAAGCUGGUCGGCCGCCUAGCAAAGGCACAGCUGAACCCACAGCCGCAAAUACAACAAACAAUCAACAUGAAGUUCCAGGUUUGCAUUGUUCUGGCCCUCGCCGCCAUCGCCUUCGCUGAGGAGAAGGAAGAGACCAAGGAGAAGCGCGGAGUGAUCGCCUCCACCUACGCCGCCCCCGCCUACGGUUAUGCCGCCCCCGCCGCCUACGGAUACGCCGCCCCCGCCUACAGCAGCUACGCCGCUCCCGCUUACUCUGCGUACGCCGCCCCUGCCUACGCCGGAUAUGCCGCCCCCGCUUACACCGCCUACGCCGCCCCCGCCGUGGCUAAGGUCGCUGCCCCCGUCGCCGCCUAUGCCGCCCCCGCCUACACCUCGUACGCUGCCCCCGCUUACUCCGCGUACGCUGCCCCCGCUGCCUACGGCUAUGCCGCCCCCGCCUACGGCUACGCUGCCCCCGCCGUCGCUAAGGUCGCCGCCCCCGUCGCCUAUGCUGCCCACGGCGCCUACGCCGCCCCCGCCUACGCCAGCCCCCUGGCCUACGGACGCGUCUACUAAGAACUCCAACCACGACUGACUCACCCCCAAUCACCCCUCGUCGAGUAACCAUUGCUUCAUCCCCCAUUGUUGCGAUCUUGUUUUGAAAGAAGAAAAUGCGUGCCUGCAAUUUUUGCAACAUAUCAUCUUUUGCAAAAUUUUUGCAGAGUGCCGACGAUGUAAAUCAAAGAAAUGUUAAUGCCAACUGCUGGAAUAAAUGACAACACACUGUUCCAUGAAA